AUGUAGAAGCGAAGACGAGAGUGCUCGUGAUUGAUGAUAUUGGUUUUGAUUAAAUUUAAAAACUUUUUGUUUUGUAAAGAUUAUGGAAUGUUUAGUAAUUUAAACAAUAUUAAAUCGUUUUAUCUCGUUAAGAAGAUCGUUAUUUAUUGAACGAUUGAUUAAAUUAUACAUUAAUUCGACUAAAAAUGAAUGAAAAUCAACAGGUUGAAGCAAGUUCGUGUGAAAAUGAAUCGGUUCAUGAAAAAGAUUCGAAUUCAAAUGAUGCUCUUCAAGUAUCUGUUAAUGUUGAGAGUGAUGAUGAUUCAUCUUCGGAUUGGGAACCAAUAGUAUCACCUUUAAAGCGCUUUAGAAGAAGACAAUAUAGAUCAAAAAAGAAGAAAAAUGCCUCUUAUUUAAACUAUGAACUUACAAAUGCCUAUAAUAUAAUUCAGUAUCUAAUGUCUCCUACUAUUAAAAGUGCUAAUCGACCCUUCAUGGAAGAACGUUGUUUGGAUGGUUCAAAAGAAGUUAAAAGAUCCAUGUGGUUAGGAAAAGUGAAAACAUUAUUGUUGGGAGGAAAAUAUAAUACCAUAACAGAAGUUGUACGUGAUAUACGUUUAAUUUUUGAAAAUUGUUAUCGUUCUUAUAAGUCUAGUCAUAUGUUUUUUAAGAGAGCUUUGAAGUUAGAAAUGUUGUUAGAACAAAAAUUAGCAUUAUUAACAAGAAAAAUUAAAGAUAAAACCUCAAUAGAAUUGACAUCAAUGCCAUUAAUUAAAGAAUCUGGAGUUCAGAUGGAAAGCAAACGUUCUUUAAACUCCUCAUUAAAUGAUACAUCUCGAAUUUUAUUUUAUGUGAAUAAAAUAAAGGAUAAAAUGGAAAAAGAGAACAAAAAGAAACAUGUACCUGGGAGAAAAGUGGGAAGAAAGAGGGACUAUUCAGAAGUGAUUGAGUGGGAAAAUCAACUUACUCAAGAUCAUUUGGUCAACAUGAAAGCUAUGUGGGAGUUACCACAGAUUGGACAUUUCCUGUUUCUUGCACAGAAAACAUUAAAUAUUCCAGAAUUGCAUAUGUAUGCACUUGAACGAGUAUUUCUUAUGCCUCGCGAGAGUGUAUAUUUAGCAACAAUAAUUACAUCAUUAUUAAGUUCACCAUAUCAACGCACAAAAUUACAUCGAAAACCUCCAAUGCCCUAUCGUAUUUGGCAUGAACGGUUAAAACUUCGAGUUGAGAAUUGGUAUAAAUUAUAUAAUGCUAAACAUAAAAAUACCAGGAAGGUAUUUGAUAUUGUUGGAAUUGAACCAGAUUUUUUUAACAUUUUAGGUGAUACAAAUCCAUUUCUGAAAAAAGAUUUUCAUGAAUUGACUUAUCAUCAAAGAGUGUGGCUUGUUAAAGCAUUAUGUGAUCAUUGUUUGGGAAAAAAUGAACGACCACAACGUGAAAUUCAUUUAUAUAAAACAUUAUGCAACCUUCUUGAAGAACUGGAACCUUGGGAAUCUAAAUUACAGCAAGUAGUUAAACGAGCAAGAGUUCGUUUAAAAAAAGAAUGGGAUAAUUACAAAUUGAAGGCAACAAAAGGAGAAGAGGAAAAUAAGAAAUUAUCAACUGAAAAUGCCAAAAUAUCAAAAAGAAAUAAGAAGAAAGAAAUUUAUCCUGAUAUAGAAAAAUUUGAAUUAAUAGUAGAUGGAGUUGAAUCUUUGAGAAAUCUUAUUGCAGAAUUUUCUGAAGUUGAAGAUGCUAAAAAUAAAAAAGGAAAAAAUGAACGACCACAACGUGAAAUUCAUUUAUAUAAAACAUUAUGCAACCUUCUUGAAGAACUGGAACCUUGGGAAUCUAAAUUACAGCAAGUAGUUAAACGAGCAAGAGUUCGUUUAAAAAAAGAAUGGGAUAAUUACAAAUUGAAGGCAACAAAAGGAGAAGAGAAGGAAACUGCAGAAACCAUCUGGGACAAUGAACCAGAUGAAGAACAGGCAAAUGCCAUUCUUUGUACUGAAAAUAACGAAGACUCUGUAGAUUGUAAUGAUUCUCCAGAUAACGAUUCUUCCGAGGAAGAAAUCAAUAAUACAAGAACCCAACGUAAACGCAGUUUUAAUACUAAAAAUGACAAUGAAGAAGUAGAUUAUUCUUCAGAAUUUGAACUUUCUGUAAGUUCAAGAGGUCGUAUACGAAAAAUUAGAAAAAUGAAUACUGUGACUGAAGAACGUCAAAUUAGAACCAAAAAAAUAAGUAAUCAAAAAGAAAAACUUUGUGACUCUUCAAACACGACAUCAGACAUAGAUAAUAUGAAUGAUGGUAUUAAUAAAAAUUUGAUAUCUAAAACAGUUGAUCAAGCAAAAGGGCAGUACGAAUGGGAAACGUUACGACAAAUAAUUUUAUCGGCAAAUAAAGUUGAUCAAGACCAAUCUCAGGAACAAAAAGGACAAUCAGGAAGUAAAUUAUUAAGUAUUUUAAAUAAAUCGAUACACCAAAAGGAAGAAAAAACGACUUGUGAUAUGCCUGAAUUAGAAAAUGAAACAAAGAAAGUACAAGACAAAAGUGCAUUAUGUUCCUCUGUUAGUAAUGAUGAUCAGAUACUAAGUUCUGGAUCUUAUGAAACUGAUGAAGCAGCUGACUUUUUAACCAAACUAGAGACAGAACCAGUGACCUCAAAAUGUCAGUCAUAUUCUUAUGCAACCACAUCUACUUCAUCUAUUAAUUCCAACAAUAUACCUCUACAUUUAGAUUCGGAAUUAAAAUUGUCAAGUUCUUUAUCAAACAUUCCUUCAAAGCUGGAAGGUGAAAGUAUUGAGAAAAUAGAAGAAAAACAAGUUUAUGAAGAGAAGAAAGAUAAUAUGAGUAUUUCUAGUGAAAUGCAGAAUUUAAAAUCAAACAAAGAAACCAAUAGUGAACCAGUAAAAAUUCAAAUUAAAGGAAAUUCUAAAAAUAUUAUCGAAGGGAAAAAUUCUCCACAUUUGCAAUUUUACAAUUUGAAAUUAUCGUCAACAGUUUUUAAAAAUAAUGAUACGCAUGAACAGAAAUCGUCUAUUCAAUCAAAAUCUGCACCUCAGUUAUUAUCUAUUGUUGAUCACAAAGGAAAUAAAAUAUAUCUGCAGUGUAUACCAGUAACUCAAACUACUGACUCUUCAAAAAGCAAAGUAACUGAAGAAAAUAAUGCAUUAACAACAUCUAAUGUUACUAAACCUCAUAUUUUAUUAAAAGAAACAACUGUUUCAUUAGAUAACUCGAAAAAUUUAUCUGUUCCUAUGGCUAUUUCAGUAAAUUCUACACAGAAUAAUUCAAAUUCUAUAUUAUUGAAUAAUGUUAAUGACAGUCAUGCAUAUCUUAAAGAAGGACAAAAUAUUUCUCUAGAUAAGUAUUUAAAAGAUACUCAAACAAAAAUGGUUAUUCCUAUAAUAAAAAAUGCAAAGCCAGUAAUAAACGACGAUCAUUCCACACAACUAGAUUCUACUGCUCCAUCUAGUUCUGUUACUUUGAGUAGAAAUUUUUCAUCCACUCAACCUUCUGCUUAUCAGUCAAUACAAAUAAUUGGAAACGCAUCUAUUUUAUCUUCUAAAGCAACAGAAUCACAACAGCUAGAAUGCCCUCAAGAUGUGUCAUCCCUCCAACUUUUACACUUAUCACCCACAAAUUCUUCAGGCUCAUCAAAGAAGAAUGAAACAUUAGUAAAAACUUUUCAAAUAUCGCAAUCACCAUCAAUAAUUAUAGAUUCAUCUACCACAAAUACAUCUGCAUCUUCUCAAACUAACAAAAUUUUAUCUUCUAAUGAAAUUCCAGUCUUAACGUCAGGCAAUAGUAGUAAACUUGAUUCUAAAGUAAUUUCCUCUCCAACUUCGACUCAUCAGAAUUUUCCAGUCGCAGUGGUACAACAGCCAUUGAAAUUAUCACCUUCAAAAUCAUUGCAAUUAUCUCCAAUUAAAACAACAAAUUCUGUAACAUGUGAUAAAUCGUUGUUAAUUGGAAACCAAAUAAACAAUAGUAGGAAUGUUAGAACUGUUCCAAAUAUAUUAGUUAAGCAGAAGCAUAUUAAUCCAAUUCAGAUAUUUACAAUGAAUUCAAACAGUUUGAACACACAAAUCAAACAAUAUAUGGAAUCAACAGUGAAUGGAUCAUCUGUUAAUAGAGUAAUUAUGGCAUCACCUUCAGUGCAAAAUGAAGAAGUUAAGCAGUAUCAACUACCUGUACUAGAAACGAAUUCCAAUCAGCAAGGAAUUCAAACGAAUCAGAUUAAACUGUUCGGCGACCAAAAUAUCAACGUGAAGAAACCAUCGGUUUGUAUAGAAGAACAAAAUCCGACGACUGUGAUAUCUCCGCUCAUCGUAGGGAACAGCACUGUACAGAACGAAAAAUCCAGUGCAGAAUAUAAAAAAAAUAUUCCUGUUGAUCAUAUUUAUACUUGAUAAAUGUUUUGUUUUAAAAUAUUAAACUCUAUAUUUAUAUUUAUUUAUAUAUAAAUAUAAAUGUAUAAUAUUAUAUAUCUAAAUAUAAAAGUUUUAAGUUUAAAAUAUUAUAUAUCAAAUCUAUUUUAGUAUUCACGAUAGAUGAUCAAAGAGUUUAUCUCAUUGAGACUGACAUUGUGAUAUAUUGCAUUUAAAAUCAGGAUAUUUUUAAUUUAUUCUGUUAUUUCAAACAUUUAUUUAUCUUUAAUUUUAAUUUAAAAUGUUUAAAAUAAUUAUCAAAAUUAUUUAGAUUUUUU